GAAAAAAAAGCCCCAUCAAAACCCCAAACCAACCCAAACCACCACCCACCCGAGGGGGCUGUCGGCUUGACAAAGCUGCGGGCGGCUGGAUGGAGCGGAGCGGGACCAGCAGCGAUGCCCGCACGGGGGAGGAGGCUGCUGGCGCCGGGCACGGCGGGCUCGCCCCUCUGAGGCGGUAGCCGCUGCAGCCGAGCGAAGGGACGGGACGGGACCGGGCGCCGGGCAGGCUCCUGCCUCGCCUCCCUCCUACCGCGUCCCGCGGGGGAUGCGCCCCGCUGCGCUGCUGCGGGUUUGCCAGCCGGGGCUGCCCGCGGAGUGACCGGCUGCGGAAGGGUUUCUGACCGUCCCCGGAGGAGCUCCGACCGCAGCCCGGCGCCGCGCUUCAGCCCGCCUGCUGCGGGAGACCGGACCCUUCCCUUGGAGCUUCCUCGCCGCAGCAGCAGCAGCCGUCGUUCCAAGGGAGGAGGUAUUACCCUGGCCGAAGGCACUGCUUUCUCUCCAUGCUUCUUUAGAGGUGUUCAGAUGGGAUUAAAGUCCACAUGGAGAUAUGGAAAUGGACCAGGAAUUUACUCUAAAAAGAUGGUCAGCUGGGAUUCGGGUUGCCUUAUGUGCCUGGUGGUGGUCACCAUGGCUGGACUUUCCCUGGCUCGACCUUCGUUUAAUUUAGUUGUUGAAGACACCACGCUGGAACCCGAAGAGCCGCCAACCAAAUACCAAAUCUCUCAGCCAGAUGUAUACUCGGCACUUCCAGGAGAGCCGCUUGAGUUGCGCUGUCAAUUGAGAGACGCCGUCAUGAUCAGUUGGACUAAGGAUGGGGUCCCUCUGGGGCCCGACAAUAGGACAGUGAUUAUUGGGGAGUACUUACAAAUUAAGGAUGCUACACCCAGAGAUUCGGGCCUCUAUGCUUGCACUGCUGUUAGGACCCUAGACAGUGAUACUCUGUACUUCAUUGUAAAUGUUACAGAUGCUCUUUCCUCUGGGGACGAUGAAGACGACAACGAUGGGUCCGAGGACUUUGUGAAUGACAGCAACCAGAUGAGUAAGUGUGGCAGCUUGAAGUGGCCUGAGAUUAGGCAGCUGGAGGCUGCUCUGACAAAGAAUGCGGUGGCAAAGAUAAUUGGCGAGUUUGGGAAAGGGACACUGCUUGUUUUGGCCGCAGUGUUAUUUCGGAGGAGUCAGCCAACAGGCUUACAGGGCUGUUUGGCUCGAGUUCACUUACAGUUUUCUUGGCAGCUCUGCUUAUUUAUGCAUCUUUAUUUCUCUCCCUCCCCACCUCCCUCCUCCUCUCUGCCUCUCCCCACCCGAACAGAGCGAUCACCGCACAGGCCCAUCCUCCAAGCUGGCCUCCCAGCAAACGCCUCUGCAGUCGUCGGAGGGGACGUCGAGUUUGUCUGCAAAGUCUACAGUGAUGCCCAACCUCACAUUCAGUGGAUAAAACACGUAGAGAAGAAUGGCAGUAAAUACGGGCCAGAUGGACUGCCGUAUCUUCAGGUUCUGAAGGCUGCCGGUGUUAACACCACGGACAAAGAAAUUGAGGUUCUCUAUAUACGGAAUGUAACUUUUGAGGAUGCUGGGGAGUAUACAUGCUUGGCGGGUAAUUCUAUUGGGAUAUCCUUUCACACUGCAUGGUUGACAGUUCUGCCAGCUCCUGAAAAAGAAAAAGAAUACCCGACACCCCCAGACUACCUGGAAAUAGCAAUUUACUGCAUAGCGGUCUUCUUAAUUGCCUGCAUGGUGCUGACGGUCAUCCUGUGGCGCAUGAAGAACACCACCAAGAAGCCUGACUUCAGCAGCCAGCCCGCUGUCCAUAAGCUGACAAAGCGAAUCCCUCUGCGCAGACAGGUAACAGUGUCAGCCGACUCAAGCUCCUCCAUGAAUUCCAACACGCCUCUGGUGAGGAUAACCACUCGCCUCUCCUCUACUGCCGAUGCCCCCAUGCUGGCAGGAGUCUCGGAAUAUGAAUUGCCAGAAGACCCAAAAUGGGAGUUUCCAAGAGAUAAGCUGACGCUGGGUAAACCCCUGGGAGAAGGUUGCUUUGGGCAAGUCGUCAUGGCCCGAGCGGUGGGGAUUGACAAAGACAGGCCUAAAGCAGUGACUGUGGCAGUCAAGAUUUGAAAGGUAGGAAAAUUGGAUGAUGCUACAGAAAAAGAUCUGUCUGACCUGGUGUCAGAGAUGGAGAUGAUGAAGAUGAUUGGGAAGCAUAAAAACAUCAUCAAUCUCCUUGGAGCCUGUACCCAGGAUGGUGAGUCCAUUGUAUGUGUAGUAAAUACGCUUCCAAAGGAAAACCUGCGUGAGUACCUGCGAGCACGCCGCCCCCCAGGGAUGGAGUAUUCUUUUGAUAUUAACAGGGUACCAGGACAGAUGACAUUCAAGGACUUAGUGUCAUGCACCUACCAGUUGGCAAGAGGCAUGGAGUACCUGGCUUCACACAAAAAGUAGUGUAUCCAUCGAGACUUGGCUGCAAGAAAUGUUUUGGUGACUGAAAAUAAUGUCAUGAAAAUAGCAGACUUUGGUUUAGCCAGAGACAUCAACAAUAUAGAUUAUUAUAAAAAGACUACUAAUGGACGGCUUCCAGUAAAGUGGAUGGCUCCAGAAGCUCUGUUUGACAGAGUUUACACGCAUCAAAGUGAUGUUUGGUCAUUUGGUGUGUUAAUGUGGGAGAUCUUCACAUUAGGAGGAUCACCCUACCCAGGAAUCCCAGUGGAGGAACUUUUUAAGCUGCUUAAAGAAGGGCACCGAAUGGAUAAACCUGCCAACUGCACCAAUGAACUCUAUAUGAUGAUGAGAGAUUGCUGGCAUGCUGUGCCUUCACAGAGACCAACCUUCAAACAGUUGGUAGAAGACUUGGAUCGGAUUCUCACUCUCACAACUAAUGAGGAGUAUCUGGACCUCAGUGGACCUCUCGAACAAUAUUCACCUAGUUACCCUGACACGAGGAGUUCGUGUUCUUCAGGUGAUGACUCUGUUUUCUCUCCUGAUCCAAUGCCUUAUGAACCUUGUCUUCCCAAGUACCAACACAUGAAUGGAAGUGUUAAAACAUGAAAAGAAGUCAUACAGAGGAAUAAAGAAACAAGAGCAUCAAGCUACCUACCAUAUACAAAAUGAAAUCUUUUCUCCAGGACCUUAAUAUUUCUGUUUGUACAUAUGAAAUAUGGAAAAAAAAGAAGAAAAAGGAGAAAAAAAAAACAAACUUGGAGGAAAGCAGUUCAGAACCUACAUAAAGAAUCUUAGAAUUCACAACUUUUAAACAUUCCCAACGAGAAGAAUGUUUAUGAACUGUGUCUAGAUACCCAUUGCUAUCAAUUCUCUGGCUUCCUGUAAGCUGCAACAGACUUUCUUUGUACAAUGGACCAGUUGGACUUGAGGCAAACUCUGGGUCUGCCUUUCUUGUUUAUUUGUAAUAUUUGGAGAAAAUAUAUGUUGGCACACACUUACAGAGCACAAAUGCAGUAUAUAGGUGCUGGAUGUAUGUAAAUAUAUUCAAAAUAUGUAUAAAUAUAUAUUAUAUAUAUUUACAAUGAAUUAUUUUUUGUAUUGAUUUAAAAAUGGAUGUCCCAAUCCACCUAGCGAAUUAGUCUCUUUUUUAACAGCUAUUUGCUAAAUGCUGUUCUUACACAGAAUUUCUUAAUUUUCACCAUCCAACGGUGGAAAAUUACUUUGCUUUCAGGGAAAAUGGUAUAUCAUUAAUUUAUUAACUAAUUGGUAAUGUACAAAACAGUUAAUCGUUUAUAGGGUUGUUGUGUUUUUAUAAUUUAAAUGGCAUUUCUAUGCAGGCAGCACAGAGAACUAGUAGAUAUAUUGCUCAGACUUUACUAGUUUUCAGAUCUUUAAAAAAAAAAGAAAUAUUUACAGUAUAUAAACUAAUUUUGGGGGAAUUAAACUUUUGAUUUAUUUGUGUUUUAAAAACUGCAGUGUCAGACGAUUAUUCUUAUCAAAGCCAAAUCCUUUAACAAGAAAGUCUUUUAUUCUCGAUACCUGUCACUUUAACAAUUUAACUCUUUAGAAAUGUUUCCCGUGGCCAAAAAGCAAAAUCAUUCCACACAGACACACACAAAAAGAAGAAAAUUUCCAAGAGGGUUCCUAAAGUAAGGAAAGACAUGAAUUUGUCUAUAACCAUAGCAGAACGUACUGCUCUAAAAGGAGCUGAGCUUCUACCCUGAGUUGCACAUGCAUCAAAUUAACUACAAUUCUCUUCCCUGGGUUUGGAUAAUAGAUUCCAGAUCUUUUGGCCUGUAUCUUUUGCUUUUUCGACUAUCCCUCUAUUGUAACUUAAGUUAAAAGAGAGUUGUUGUUUAUAAUGACAAUUUGCCAUAGGGAAUAUCAGCAUCUUUUUAAGGGAUUAAUUCAUGCUGACUCCAGUAUUUCCUUAUGAUCCAUUCCAUAACAGUAGGUGUAGCACUGGCCUCUGCUAAAAUAUCACUGUUGUUUGUAUCUUUUUACAGAAGUCUUGUGUUUUUACUUUCAGAACACUCACUGAUAUGGCCAUGCAAUAUGAAUGCAAAUUACACUGUUUUAUGUGGUGGUGUUUUGUUUUGGUUGUCCUUUUAUUUUUAAAUUGGGUAAAAGAAGUAUUAAAAUCUGUUAACUUUUGUACUGACAAUAAAAUGUUUCUACAGAUAUUAAUGUUAAAAUUACAAAAUAAAUGUCAUGCAGCUUAUUUUUCCUAAUCUUUUGUGUCAUACAAAAUGGUUUCCUGAGCAUCCAGUGGUGGAAGACAUCCAGAAAUGCUUCCUUUUGACCUGAUCAGAGGGCCUAUACUACCAAGCUAUUCAUUCAGGAAUAAUUCUUUUGCCUCUGUCUCAUAAAAUGUCUGUUCAUGAAUAAUACAGAAUAUUUGAGUAAAUAUAUGUACAAUCUUUGGUGUUUGUGGGGUGGGAUGCUCUUUCUGGAAGCCGGUUCAUAGUGUAGACGUAGAAUAUUUUCUCUAGUUAGUCUGUAUCCUUUAAUUAGUGAGAUUUCUCACUCGUUUCAUCACUCUCCACUCAGUGGAGAGGCUGGAAGACCAUUUAUAUAGGAGAUCUUAAACAAAUUGAAUGGAAAGAGAAUCAUUAUGUAGAGAGUACAAAACUCGAGGGUUUUAGACUUGAAAACAGAAGGAAAAUACACCAAAAUAGCUAGAAAUAGAAAAAGUUCCCAUUUUCUGUUUGAGACAGAAAUGGGAAAUUCAUGGUCACGUUGCUACAGAAGAUUAGCCAGAAAAGGGUUUGUUGAACCUGGUCUUUACCACAUGCUAUAAGAGUACUCCAGACACCAAACUAAUCUUUGGUUUCUUUUUGUCUGUUUCUAUUUUGACCAGAAAUCUUAUGCCAAUCCCAAGAAACUCUAAAAAAGUGCUUGUUAAAAAACUGAUGAUUUCCAACUAAGAAUUAUCUGAUUGAAGAAUUCCCACUGGCUCUACUGAAAAAUAACAGUUCCCUUUCCCCACAGUAUCUAUGACUGUUAGCAGCGAUAGAAGCUGCUGUCUGAUUGAAACCACAGUAGUCUUAAUGACACACGUCUGGCUUUAAGAUUCUCCUAAACGGUAUGAGAAGAACUUGAAACUUGCUCUGCUUCUAUUAAAAUGAACCUAAUUGAUCUUUACUACUUUGUCUUUUAAAAAUAACAGUAUGUAAUGCUCAGAAUCGUGAUGGAAAGGUGCUAUUAAAUGAUGUAAACUUA